AGGCGGAGGGCGGCAGUGGUGGCGACAGCGGCCCCCGCUGCGACGGUGCCCGCGACGGUGGUAGGGGUGGUAGCGGUGGUGGUAUCGGUGCCUGCGGGGGAGCCACAGAAAGCAGGCGGCGGAGCGGGCGGCGGCGGGGUUGGAGCCGCCUUGGGCCCCGCUGCCGGGACCCCCUCGGCGCCGGGUCCCCGCACCCCUGGCAACCCCGCGACGGCAGCGUCGGGGACCCCCGCGCCCCCCGUCUGGAGUCAGGCGGACAAGCCGGUGCUGGCAAUCCAAGUCCUGGGCACUGUCAAAUGGUUCAACGUCCGGAAUGGUUACGGAUUCAUCAACAGGAAUGACACCAAGGAGGAUGUCUUUGUUCACCAGACGGCCAUUAAAAGAAACAACCCCAGGAAGUUCCUGCGCAGCGUCGGAGAUGGGGAGACAGCGGAGUUCGAUGUCAUGGAGGGAGAGAAGGGUGCAGAAGCUGCUAACGUAACCGGGUCGGGGGGCGUGCCGGUGAAGGGCAGCUGCUAUGCCCCCAAUCGACGCAGGUUCCGCAGGUUCACCCCGCGGCCUUGUCCAGCUGCCCCGCCACCCAUGGUGGCAGAGGCUCCGUCAGGCGGGACUGAACCAGGCAGUGAAGGGGAGCGGGCUGAGGACUCUGGGCAGAGGCCCAGGCGGCGGCGCCCACCUCCCUUCUUCUACCGAUGGCGCUUUGUGCGAGGCCCUCAGCCCCCCAACCAGCAGCAGCCUAUAGAGGGCACCGACGGGGUAGAGCCCAAAGAGACAGCCCCAUUGGAGGGGGACCAACAGGGAGAUGAGCGCGUCCCCCCUCCCAGAUUCCGGCCUCUGUACAGAAGGCCCUCGCCCAGGCCACCCCAGCAGCCUACCACAGAAGGUGGGGAUGGCGAGACCAAGCCCAGCCAAGGCCCCACUGAUGGGUCCCGGCCUGAGCCUCAGCGCCCACGAAACCGCCCCUACUUCCAGUGGCGUCGGCAGCAGCCCCCCGGACCCAGGCAGCCCACAGCCCCGGAGACCUCAGCCCCCAUCAACAGUGGGGACCCCCCCCCACCAUACUGGAGUGACUCCAACACGAAGGACCCCCAGAGCUACCAUCUGGUUGUCUGCCAGUUUUUCCAGCUGCCCUGUACCCCACCCAGCACCCCUCCCCCCUUCCCAUGACUCAUGACAUCAAAACAUCGGCUUUCCCCUUUUCCUUGAGACUCAGGAGGGCCGAAGCAACAGCCAUUUGCUUCUUCUCUGUCCCCUACCAAGGGCUGAAGGAAGGGAUCCAUCCUGUUGUUCAGAGGCACCAUGUCCCUCCCCUGGAUCAGGCUGAGAAGGAACCAGCCAGCUCUCACCUCCUCCUGGUUGUUUUUCUUUCCCACCCCAGUUUAUUUUUGGUCUCUCCUCUAGCCCCUACCUCUGAAGCCAUUUUAUGAACUGUCAUGUGCCACCUGAGCCUCCAGUAAAAACAAAAACA